UUGAAUCAUGAAGCAACUUUUCGGACUGAUCUGCUGCGUGAUAUCUCUCAGUCCAAUUAUUCCAUCUCAAAUCUGCUCUCUCCACCGUGACCGUAUUAAGCAUCGCUUUUAUGCUCUGCGGCACUGUCAGCGGUCAAAUCAGACUGUGAUAGGAUUAGCGAAUUUUCGCUCCGCCCGAGAUUGUGCCAAAUAUGCUCGACAAAAACACGGAUUGGCAUUCAAUUUCGCACCGAAAAGCCGGAACCAUACAAACUGGUACGAUGUGGGUAAAACUAGCAGAACCAAAGCCGAAGUGCUACCGAGAGAUCCUAACACGUCCGCCGAUCCAAAAGAAUUCUACAAUUGUGAAAUCCUAGAGUGCCCUGAAUUUCAGAACAUGUCAUCAAUCGUAAACGAUACCCGAUUCGACUAUUACAGUUUGUACACUAGGACUCUACGUAAAUCCUCAGGAAAUGCUACCUGCGUUGGAUCUGUCGGGAUGUUCAUUCUAGAAGAUCGCAAACUAAACUAUUCGCUAGCACAGAACGAAUGCUCCUCGAAGGGUGGCAGUUUGGCGCACGUUGCCAGUGAAACAAGGACCAACAUGUUGUCGAAGCUGUUUGCCUGCAAUAACACUCUGAAAAAUACAACCAACGCUAUCGAAGAGGUCUACGUUGGAUUAUCCGAAGCGCAGGGAAACAAGUUUUUUACCUCCGCCAAUGAGCCAUUGGAAUGCUUUCUGUAUCGAGCUUGGGCUCCCGGACAUCCCAGGAAAAGUCACCAGUCUAGAUGCAUUACCCUCACUAACCUUAACAUGUGGACAAUUAGCAAAUGUAAUGUUCCAAGACGAUUUGUAUGCGAGCUACACACUUCUGGACCACCGAGGAACGUUGCGAAUUUAAGAAGAAAAUGUUCAGUAAAUCGUCCGAACAAUCUAAUUGUCUUUGGAAGGAGGUUUAAUGUGUAGUAAAAAUAAAGUGUGAUGCGUUU